AUGGCUGUGAAACCACUUAUUCAGGUCAUCGGCUCUCUCAACACAGACAUUACUGUGACUAUACCCCGAGUACCUGAGGCCGGCGAAACCCUCAACGCAGAUUCCUACAGCAUUGGUGCUGGCGGCAAAGGGGCAAACCAAGCAGUCGCAUGCGGACGAGCCGCGUUUAAGUCACUGACCGAGCAAGAUAUCCAGGUCGAGAUUAUCGGCGCGGUGGGAGCAAACGAUCCACAAGUAUCGUCGCUUCUUAAACCAAUUCUACAUGCCAGUGGUGUCGAUACUGAUGGAGUGUUAGAGAUUGAAGGUGCAACUACCGGCACAUCUACCAUCUUUGUUGAAUCAGACGGUCAGAACAGGAUCCUGUUCUAUCCCGGGGCAAACUACGACGGAAUGCGCGAUCCUUCACGGUUAAUAGACAUCGCCACUCGGUCGGACAAUCGAUACCCGGAUGUGGUGGUCCUGCAAGGAGAGAUUCCGCGCGAAACGACACUAGAAUUACUCGGGACUUUUAAUGACCAAUCUAAUAAGACGCAGAUUGUGUUCAAUCCUGCUCCUGCGUAUCCCGAAGGCUUUCCUAUCGAGGCUCUCUGCAACCUUGGCGUGCUCAUCGUCAAUGAAACAGAGUGCAUGCUUCUCGCAAGGAGUAUGCGGGUUGCCGCGCUCCCCCUGGAUGUUGACCCAGAAUCAUUAUCACGGAAUCACCUUGAUGACAUAGCACACGGCUUUUGCGACACCGUUGGUGUGAAAAUCACCAUUGUCACCCUUGGCUCUAAAGGGGCAUAUUUCGCAACUCAGAGCGGCAUUCGGGACAUCGUACCUAGCGCGAAGGUAGACAAAGUCGUCGAUACAACAGCUGCGGGUGAUACUUUUGCCGGUUAUUUUGCUGCAAUCCUUGCCAGGCACAUUGCAUCGAAUAAGAAGUGGGAGGAAUUCAACGUUAGGAUUGCGAUCGAGGCUGCGAAUACAGCAGCGGCGCGAUGUGUGCAGAAAGCUGGGUCAAUUCAAAGCAUUCCGUUUGGUUAUGAGCUAUGUUGA